AUGGAAAAGGCUGAGGAAGAAAAAAUUGUGAUUGUUGGAGGCGGAAUAUGUGGUCUUGCCACCGCUCUUGCUCUUCACAGGAAAGAAAUUGGAAGUAUUGUAUUAGAAAGGUCAGAAGAAUUGCGAGCAACAGGAGCUGCAAUUAUAGUGCAACCAAAUGGGUGGCGAGCACUUGAUCAACUUGGCAUUGCCUCCCAACUUCGCCAAACUGCUCUAACCAUACAAUCAGGACAAUACUUUACAGUUAAGGAUGGUAAGCACAAAGAUUUGCCUCUUGGAGAUGCUGGAGAAGUUAGAUGCUUGAGACGCACAGACCUCAUCAAGACAUUAGCUGCGAAUCUGCCUCUUAAUACUAUCCACCUCAAAACCAAAGUUGUCUCCAUUAAAUUAGAUCCCUUUACGUCUUAUCCGAUUCUACAACUACAUGAUGGAAGUGUGCUAGUGGCCAAGGUUGUUGUCGGAUGUGAUGGUGUGAAUUCUACCAUUGCAAACAUUCUUGGACUAAACUCCACAAGCAUUUUCACUACAUGUGUUGCCAGAGGUUUCACAAAUUAUGAAGCAGGUCACAAAUUUGGUAGUGCCUUCCUUGUUUUCAGUAAAGAUGAUGUUCAACUUGGACUAAUGCCGGUCACCGACAAGUUAGUAUAUUGGUUUGUAACUCGAAAACUAACUUCUCAAGAUUCUAUGGUUUCAAAAUAUCAUAAGCUGAUAAAAAAGACAACUGUGGAAGCAAUAAGGGGUUUUCCAAACCACAUAAUGGAGAUGGUAAAGAACAGUGAUGAGGACUCUUUACAUCUAACAGAAUUGAGAUAUCGAGCACCUUGGGAUUUACUUCGUACAAAUUUUCGCAAAGGGACUGUGACAGUGGCCGGAGAUGCGAUGCAUGCAACGGGUCCAUUCUUGGCACAAGGUGGCUCGGCAUCUUUGGAGGAUGCAGUUGUGCUGGCAAGAUGCUUAUCACAAAAUAUGCAUAUCGACAUUGACCCAAGAGGAAGAAAAAGAAGGAAAAUGUUGAUGCUAAAGGCAGCAGCAGCAUUAGAUCAAUAUGCUAGAGAGCGAAAAAUGAGAGUGUUUUGGUUGUCAUUGGAAACUUUUGUGAUUGGGACCAUGCUCGAUAGUUCAUCUACUCUAUUAAAAAGCUUAUGCAUUAUCGCCCUAAUCAUCCUCUUUCGAGAUAAAAUUGCCCACACUCGUUAUGAUUGUGGUCAUCUUUAAGUUGCUGCUAAAUGACAAUAAGU